AUGCCAAACGACGAAGAUAUUCUUGAAAAACUUCGUUCUUCAAUUGGUUUAAUAGCUCUAGUCUACAUCUGUCGACUGUAUACCAAACUGUCGAUUUUUCCAUCGAUAAUUUUACCAUCUACUGCUCGGACGCAUCUGAUAAAACAAGCACUAAAUGAUCGUUACCAUACUAGUCAUACAACCGAAGAUAUUAUGCUGGUGACCAACAUGAUCGAACUAAACAAAGAUCUUAUUAAUCGAGUACUGCUAUUGUCGGAUUUUGAACAAAGUACGAUCAGGUUAGAUGUAAAUCAUAUUACAAUGGAUGUUUUAAAUGAUUUAAUCUUAUCUCCAUUCACCAACAUAUGUUUGAAUUGCAAAAAAUCGCUUACAUCAUAUCGAUCCAAGUUCAUUCAUAUUAUCGAUUGUUUUAAAAUCAUUCGAGCCGUAGCUGUAACUGCUGAGUGUAAAACAUGCACGCUAAUUUACAACCAUUCGUCUUGGUACUCACUGAAGAAUCGAUGGCGAAAGAUCAACACUUCAUCGUUGAAUAGUGUACACAAAGUGUUCUAUCUGUGUGAUUCGCUCGCAUUUACGUAUUCGGUUUUCUUCGAUUAUACAUGUCAACUUCUACACAAUCAAUGUCCAUUUCAAUCUUUUUCUCGAAUUCUUAUCGAUAGAUACAAUUAUGAAGACCAAAACAGCAAUAUUAUUCUUCAGCCUAUUCCAUUAGCGAAAUUAUUCCAAUGCCAUUGGUUAUUAUAUCAAAUUGUACGUUUUGAGUUCAUGUUAGGACGAACUCAAAUAGUUAAUUUACCGGUCUCACUUAAUCGAAAUGAACUUAAUUGUCAUUUUGAAUGUUAUUCUGGUUGGUGGUAUCAUCUGUUCACUACAUUUUGGUCUAGACAUAAGUCAAUUCCAAAUGUGAAAUGUUCUUCAUCAGAUUGUAGUCGAUGCAUUAUUGUGGAUGGCCAUCAGAAAUGUCGACGAUUAGUAUGUAGUUACAAAAACGUUGUGGAUAUUUCCAUUGAAGAAAUGACUGCAAUUGAAAUUGGUUGCCCAUAUACACCUUGCCGAAGAGUGCAUUCGUCGAAUUCUGUUGAUGCGAUUUAUUGUCGGUACCAUCAACCCUCGGUUCUUCUAUCGCCGUCUCUUAGUUUACAAAAAGCUGGUGGCAUGGCUGCUGAAUUCUCGAAACGGGAUAGAGAUUUUCUAUCGGAACAUAAAGUCCAAUGCCAAAAUUAUCGAAAUGAUAGUGAAGAAAUAAUAAAGAACAAAACUUAUGGCAUAUUAGCCUCGUAUCAUCCAUGUGGAGUUGCAGUUGGAUUUACAGAAGCGAUCAAAGCUGAGGGGAUGCGAUCGGUGACUCGUCACCUUUUACUCAUGAUCAUUGGUGGUUGUCUUAUGCCAGAUGCACUGAUGUAUGAUUGCGCCUGCGCAUUGAAGCUGCAUUGGAAUAAGUGGUUAGGUACUGAUAUGUUGAAGACAUCGACAAUAACACAACAGCUUCCAGUUCAUCUUGCUCUCGAUAACUUUCAUCAAAAGACACAUUCUCGGCCGAUGUGCCAAACCAUCAUGAAAUCAGACCACCCAUCGCAUGAGGGACGAUUUGUUGGUUUAAACAGUCAAGCAGCUGAACAAGCAUUCCAAUACAUAGCACGUGCCAAAUUUGCACUACGAAAUUUUUCAUAUCCACAUUCAACAGUGAUGCUUUUGAUCAUGCUGCAUAUGUUAAACUGUAAAGUAACUGGCAUCAAUUCAGAAACAACUGGUUUGGGACCUUUACACUUUGGUGACAUAAUCAAAGGCUUUUUCGCCACACCAUGCGUGUAUGAACGAUUCGGGACGUUGAAUGGUGAAGAAAUGAAUAAAGACGAGGACGACGACGAUCAGCCAGAUCUGGAUCACACUGUUACGUCGGAAGAUAUAACAUAG